AUGGAAUAAUUUAAUGGAAAACCUUAAGUAUUAAAUAAAUCUAUACUUUAGGAUAAUAUUCUAAUCACAUAACCAUUAACUAAAUAGAAAUAUCCAGCUUUAUUUCAUGAUGAGAAGUUUGGAAAAGAUUUUGAAUCCAAUUAUUCAAAGCUUUAAGAAAUUAUGGAUGUAAAUAUAAUUUACAACCUUAGAACUUGUAAGGAAAGGUUGAAUAAAUAGUAAAAAGUUAAGAAGAUGAUUUUAUGAAAGCAUAUAAAGACCAGAUGAAUGAAUUACAAAUAGAUUUGAAAGCUAUGAAAAGAAAAAUUGAUGAAGAGUCAUUAAAAUAAAAAGCUGAUGAAAAAAAAAGAAUUUUAGAAGAAGAAAGAGAUUAUUUUAGAUAAGAAGCUCUCAGGUUAGAUAAUUUAAAUAAGGAGCAAUUGAGAACAAUUGAAGAAUUAAAGUUCAAAUUAAAAAUUACAAUAGAAGAAAAAAAUUAUUAUGAAGGUUUUGUUAUAGGUACAUUUUACUUGCUAUGUUUAAGAUUCAAAAAAAGAAAAUAAAGCAUUAAAGUUUGAACUCUUAUAAUUAUAUAAAUAAAAAAUGGAAGAUUAAAAAACAUUAAAUCGAAUACAAUAACAAUCAUAAACUUAGUAAAUUUCUAAAUUAAAUUCGAAAAAACAAUCUGAUAAUAGGCCAUAAACAUAAGAAGGAAUCAGAUCAGAAGGAAAUUUAUUUAUUAAGGAUGAUUUUAAUUCUGAAUUUUUAAAGAGAGAGUAAUCUUCAAAAGCAGGAUUAAGAUCGCAACUAUCAACUAAAAAUAAUGAUUAAGCAUCAACAUAGUUUGAUUUUUUUAGGCGAGAAAUUUCUGCUCAAUAACAAAGUAGAUUUCAUCCUGAAAAUUAAAUGGUAUUCAAUAUAAAUACUUAUAGAUAGAAGAAAGAAAUAAUUAAAUUGCUGAAUUAAAGAUAUUGUUAUAAAAAGAAAAGAAUUUGUGUCAAUAAUUAAAGUGUGAACUAUAAAGACAAAAUUCUUAAAGGGGAGAACUUGAAGUAGUGUUGUUAGAUUGUGUAAAUUAGAUUAAGAAAGAUAUAGCAGCUAGACAAACAGUAUAAAAAUAAGCAUUUUUGGGUGGAAGUAACAAAACACCCAAAUCUUCUGAGUAAAUUGCUUUUGAAGAUAUAGAUUACCGAUAAUUUACGCAUUAAGAUAAAAAGUAAUUAUUAUUUUUUAUUUAUAAAAGAGUACUACUCAAAAAAUUUUUAAGUUCGGAAUAAUUUUUAGAUUAAAUAUAUUAACUUACAUUCAACAGUCAAAUGGCAAGUACAUCUUAAUUGAAGCUUAAUGAAAAAUGGAAAUAGGAUGCAAAUGAUGCUACUAAGAAAUUUAAUAAUUUUAAGAUAUAUAAAUUUAGGAAUAUUACUAGCUAACGUAUUUUAUUAUUUGAAUUUAGCUAUUGUAAAAUAGGUGAUACCAAAAUAAGAGUAAAACAUUUUAACAGAACUCUAAGACAAAGUUGAGUAAGGAUAAGAAUUAGUGGAUCAGAUUGUACAAAAUUGAUUCUUAUUAUCGAUGAUUAUCAUAUUUUCAAAUAUCA